UUAUGUCCAAGUAGUCUUCUCUCAUGGCAAAGGCAAACAAGGGGUGUCAGUGUCACCAAUACCAUUCCAUGGUCUCUAAUUUAUGCAAUUACUUUUUGCUACUAUUAUUUCUGUCCGCCGGAGGCACCGCCGUCGAUCAAUUAAGAGACAGUCAUGGGGAUUCUGCCGUUUCGAUGGGAGGAAGAUUUGAAGUUGGUUUUUUCAGUCCUGAGGGAAGCUCAGACGGAAGAAGAUACGUGGGAAUAUGGUUUCGCGGCUCCAAACCGCAAGCCGUUGUAUGGGUUGCCAACAGAGAUCGGCCAUUGUCCGACAACAAUGGAAUUUUCACCAUUAAAGAUGGCAACCUCAUGGUACUGGACUCAAAGGGCACUUCUUUAUGGUCUACCGGCGUCGGAGAUUCCACCAACGAGACAAGAACAGCGAUCCUAAUGGAUUCUGGGAACUUGGUUCUCAAGGAAUUAGGCGGCAAUGGCACAAUUGUGUGGCAGAGUUUCCAAAAUGCAACCGACACUAUACUUCCCGGCAUGAACAUGGGCCACGACUUGAGGUUGACUUCAUGGCGAAGUGCAGACGACCCGUCGCCAGGGAAUUUCACGUUUCUCAAGGAUCUGGGGAGCCGCUACAUAAUCGAGCGGCAUAGUGCACGGUAUUGGGUGAGCAGCGGAGAGUGGCAAAAUUACUCCACCGAAACAGAGGGAAAAAUUGCUGAAGUAAUAGGUUCUUUGUCAAAAAUCGAUCUUUCUAACUUGAAGGCCUCCAACUAUAGCAUUCGUUUUCAAGAUCAAUUGCUGGAUUACAACUAUACAAGAGCAGUUAUGAGUUUCAGCGGGGAAAUACAGUACCUUGCUAGGAACAGAAUGAGUGGAAAAUGGGAUGUCAUCUGGUCAGAACCGGAAACCAGAUGUAGUGUAUUGACAGCUUGUGGGAGGUACUCUAUUUGUCGGAGUGACAGUAUGCAUUGCAGGUGCUUGCCAGGGUUUGAGCCAAAGUCGGAGGAUAAAUGGAAUUCUGGUGAUUACUCAGAUGGGUGCCAGAGAAAAUCAGAAAUUUGCCUCGGAGAAACGGCUCAAAUUCGAGAGUUCUUGACAAUAAAUUUGAAGGUGAGUAAGACGUCUAAUGUUGUCACAGUCGAAGAUAAUGGGGAGUGUCGAAGCAGGUGCCUUGAAUCUUGUAAAUGUGAAGCGUAUUCAGAAAUCAAAAGCAAUGAGAGAGCUGAUGGUACUGUUUCGUGUGCCAUUUGGGAGGUUGAAGAUGAACUUAAAAACAUUGUGGAAUAUGCAGAUGGUGGUGGUGUCAUUAACAUCCGUGUCAAUCAUUCUGACUUUGAGUUUACAAAGUUCGACUGUGAAGCAUGUGGAGGCAACAUCAUCCCUUAUCCUCUAAGCCUAAUCACAAGAUACACCAACUGCGGUACUCCUUUGUAUCGUAACUUCACUUGUGACACUUCCAGCGGUCGGAUGGGCUUUCUUUGGGAAGGUGUUGACUACAAUCUCACAUACAUCAAUCCAGAACAAAAUACUUUUACCAUUGGAACAAACCAGUCUAUCUGCAGAGGUAAUGAUGCAGAGCAAAUUCAAAAGCUUCUGAAAUUGGAACAGUCGUCUAUAUACCAAGUCAUCAGCGGUUGUGACUCUGAGUUCAAUGAAGUUGAUGUUCAAUGGAAGAAACCAUUAGAGCCAAUCUGUAAUUCACCAGAAGAUUGCAGCUACUGGCCGAAUUCGAAAUGCAACUCAUCAACAGAUGGAACAAACAGGUGCUUGUGCAAUCCUUCUUUCGAGUGGAUUGGCACUGGCUGCCGUAAAGGGACAGAGAAUGGUUGGAAAGAGCCACGUCCAAAUGUCAGAGUUGUUAUCAUUGUCACAGUGACUACCAUUGUCGUCUUGAUUGUUAUUUCUUGUUUGGUGUUGUAUAUUUACUACAAACGAAGGAAGCUACAAAAUCAACAAGAGAAAAGAGCAAGUUUUUGGCGAAAUCAGGAAACUCACUUGUAUGACACUGAGAAACGUGUGAGAGACUUUAUGGGUUCCGGAAUGUUUGGAGAAGAUGAUAGAAAAGCCAUAGAAGUGCCAGUUUUUGAUUUGGAAACCAUACUCAGUGCUACAGACAACUUCUCUGAAGCUAACAAAAUUGGGAGAGGGGGAUUUGGGACAGUUUACAAGGGAAAUUUUCCAGGACUGGAAACUGCAAUAAAGAGGCUGUCCAGAGGCUCUGCCCAGGGCGUAGAUGAGUUCAAGAAUGAGGCCAUUCUGAUCGCCAAACUUCAGCAUCGAAAUCUCGUUAGACUUUUGGGCUAUUGUGUUGCGGGAGAAGAAAAAAUACUGGUCUAUGAAUAUAUGCCCAACAAAAGCUUAGACUUUUUUUUAUUUGAUCGAACACAAUGUUUACUGGUGAGUUGGGAAAUGCGGUUUAAUAUCAUAGUGGGAAUCGCCAGAGGGCUGGUUUAUCUCCAUGAAGAUUCAAGGUUGAGGAUUAUCCAUAGGGAUAUGAAAACAAGCAAUGUUCUGUUAGACGCAGAAAUGAAUCCUAAAAUUUCCGACUUUGGUUUGGCAAGAAUCUUUGAUGGCAAACAAACUGAGGCAACCACCACUAGAGUUGUUGGAACUUAUGGGUACAUGUCACCAGAAUAUGCGUUGGACGGAUCAUUCUCCAUCAAAUCUGAUGUGUUCAGCUUUGGUAUAGUUGUACUUGAGAUCGUGAGUGGAAGAAGAAACACUGGUUUUUACCAGUCAAAAGAAGCCUUGAACCUUCUUGGACACGUAUGGAAAUUGUGGAGAGACAAGGAAGCAUUAGACAUAACAGAGGCGGGUGUUCGUGAAAGGUGCAAUCCAAGUGAAGUUAUAAAGUGUGUGGCUGUGGGGCUGCUGUGUGUUCAAGAAGAUCCCAACGAUCGUCCCACCAUGUCGAGUGUAGCUUUUAUGCUCAGCUCUGGCACCGACCCUGCUUCUCUUCCAAAUCCUAAACAGCCAGCUUUCGUUGAUAAAAAAUUAACUCCUACUUCUUCUGCAACUUCUUCUUCGGGCUUUAAGCAAGAAAUAGUAAGCAACGAUUUUAGCUUACUUGAGCCUCGUUAAAUUCCAGAUUUCAUUUCCUGUAAUUGUUCUCCACCUAGAUAACUUCACCCAAAGAUAUAUUGUAAGUUUGUAAUUUAUCAAUUCAAUAGCACCAAAAUAUUUUCCCCUCCCACCUAAUAAUAAGUUUCCAUUUUGGAUUUCA